AAAGUUACAUCCGGGGUGUUACAGUUACCCUAUAUACCAGCAGCAGUUUGAGGCACUUGAUGAGUCUGUAGUCACAUGGAACCCAUGGACUCAGGAGCAUGUACAGAUGGUCUUUGAUAUACGACCCAUCACAGCAGGCAUGUUGACCGAUAGUGCAUUCUGGCUGACUCGCUGCUACUUAUUGUUCCUGUGGUGUGUUGAGCCUUACAACCCAGAGCGUGUCAUGAGACAGUUCGGUCUGCAUCAGGAAAUUCCACCACCUUUUCCAAGAUGUACGGACGAGGAAACCCAUAAGCUAACCAAUAUGGGCCACGGUUGGAGUCUUUACGAUUGGAGGGAACGCAACAUUCAAUGGGUACAGAAGUGGGAAAAUGAAGCGCUAGCAGAUAUAGUGUAUCAACUUAGACCGUACGAUGGAAGUACAGCUCAAGCGUACAAGCAGUGGUACUGCAUCAGCACGCAUACAAGCCUGGCCGGUCAACCAGCUACGAUACCAACAAAUCUCACGCACGAGGAGCAGAUGCAGAGACCUGUUGAGCUGCAUGCAGCUUACUAUCAUGACCGGAUGGUAAUCACUAGUAAUUUUUUCAGGUCCAUCAUUUCAUAAUCAUUUCAACCAAAUAACAACCAAAUAUUUUAUGAUCCCUGUAGUGUCGGCACAACAGGUUCCCGCAGCCUAGGAUUCCUUCCGCAGUGCCGUCGCACCCACUCAAGCAGAACAAGCAAAAGCAGGAGUGAUUCCCGGACAGAAGAAAAGCAGAAGUGAUUCCCGGACAGAAGAAAAGCAGGAGUGAUUCCCGGGAAAAGCAGCAGCACAUCAGCGUCCAUUUUCCGCCGUUGGAAUUAGCGUCGUCAGCUGUCAUGGGAAUCAGCGCCAUCAGU